AUGGACUACCAGAACCGCGCAGGUAGCAAGUUCGGCGGCGGAGGUGUCGCUUCGCAGUCUGCCACCAAUGCCGACCGCCGUGAGCGCCUCCGAAAGCUCGCGCUCGAAACCAUCGACCUCGACAAAGACCCGUACUUCUUCAAGAACCACGUCGGAAGCUUCGAGUGCCGGCUUUGCCUGACGGUACACCAGAACGACGGAUCAUAUUUGGCACAUACGCAGGGUCGCAAGCAUCAAACGAAUCUUGCGCGGCGAGCAGCGAAGGAGGCGCAGCUGGGGAGAAAGAAGGACGAAGAGAGCUAUACUGGUGCAAACGCAGUGCAGGUGAAGAAGAACGUGGUCAAGAUUGGACGACCAGGCUAUCAGAUCACGAAGACACUCGAUCCCAUCACGCGACAACAGGGUCUACUGUUCAAUCUGCAGUAUCCAGAGAUCAGUCCCAACACCGUGCCCAGGAUACGCUUCAUGAGCGCGUACGAGCAGAAGGUCGAGGACCCACCGGACAAGUCCUUUCAGUAUCUGCUGGUUGCUGCGGAGCCGUACGAGACGUGUGGGUUCAAGCUGCAGGCAAGGGAAGUGGAUCGGAGCGAGGACAAGCACUGGACGUGGUUUGAUGCAGACAGGAAGGAGUUCUGGAUUCAGGUGACGUUCAAGACGGAGCGCGAGGAGAGGUACUCUGGCGUGCCUGGGCUGGGAGGCCCAAGGAGAUGA